AUGUCCCGGGAGCAGCCCAGCGUGGGGGACCUGCUGCCCCACCUGGAGACCUCCGACCUCCAGCAGCUCGACGAGAUCCGCGGCCUCAUCAACGAGCAGCUCUGCACCGAGCGAGGGUCCAUGCUGCUGAACGCUUUGGUCGACUACUACUUGGAAACCAACUCCGCCCAGGCCUUGCAUAUCCUCUGCUCCGUCAGAGAGCCGCACGAUAAGCACCUUUUGGAGAAGAUGAACGAGUGUAUGACCAAACAGAGCUGCCGGCUGCCCACCCUCACCCUCCUGGGCCACGUCAUCCGCAGACAGCCGUCCUGGAUCCACAAGAUGGCGCGGUACCCCCUGCUCCUGUCGCUGCUCAAAUGCCUCAAGACGGACUCGGACGUGGUGGUGCUGAUCACUGGGGUGUUGGUGCUGAUCACGUUGCUCCCCAUGAUCCCUCAGGCCGGGAGGCAGCACCUCUGGGAGUACUUUGAUAUCUUUGGACGCCUGGCCUCCUGGAACCUCAAGAACCCUGGCCACGUGUCGGAGGUCUACCUGAUCCACCUCCACGCCAGCGUCUACUCCCUGUUCCACCGGCUCUACGGCAUGUACCCCUGCAACUUUGUGUCGUACCUGCGCUCGCACUACAGCAUGAAGGAGAACAUGGAGACCUUCGAGGAGGUGGUCAAGCCGAUGCUUGAACACGUUCGUAUUCACCCAGAAUUAGUGACCGGAACAAAAGAUCAUGAAUUGGAUCCGACGAGGUGGAAAAAGUACGAAAUCCACGACAUAGUUAUUGAAUGUGCCAAAGUGUCUCUGGACCCAAAGGAGGCGUCCUGUGAGGAGGGGUACGCCACAAUGCCCGAGAACUUCUACCCCCAGGUCCACGUGAGGCCUCAGGAGUGCACAUCCAGCCCCUACGGAGACCUCCACAGCAGCUACGGGAGCUCCUCUUCGACCCCGUUCUCCACGCCACGGCAGCCGCAGCCUCCGCCCCUGUCCUUGCCCCCCUUCUCAGGGACGCUCUCCUCCUACCGCAGCCCACAAACCUCCAGACGCCAGAACUCCACCUGUGAACUCCACUCCUCCUGUGGCGGGAAGGACCCCCUGUGGAGCCCCUCCUCCAUGUGUGGGAUGGCCACGCCCCCUUCGUCCAGAGGCAUGUCGCCCAACCUGGAGCUGUCGCACAGCGCCUCUCAUCUGCCCAGCCGCUUCCACUGCACUUCAGGAGGGAAAGGCACUCCCGCCUCCAGCACUCCGGCCACCUCCUCCCCUCCUCCCACUCUGUUAGACGACUUCCCCAUCAUCUCCUUACCCUCGAACACGGUCCAGUCCAGUCCCCCCCGAAAGGAUCGAAAACAAGGAGAGAACAAACCUUCCCUGGUGCGUCAAGAACAAGUGAAGGAUUUGGAGAAGAGCGGAGAGGUCUCCAUAAGCCAAGAUGCAGGAGCAGAAGAGAACAUCUCCAUGACUCUGAACGAGCUGUCGGUUUUUAUGAAGAAACAGGAAAUGGAGCUUCAGCUUAAGCCGGAGAAGGAGGAGGCCGCCAUCACCGAAGAACUACGGAAGCUGACGGAGGACAAACAGGAGCCACAGGACAUGAGGGGCUUCGACUCGCCGUUCUACCACACGACAGAGACGCUGACGGGUUGCCAGGACAAAACCCUGUCCAACCCACAGGUCUCCACGCCGGACAAGCUGGACUCAUGCGGAGUGAGCGCGGCCCCGGAGAGCAGACCCUCCAUCCUGGACCAGUCGUGGCCCUUCCAGUCCUGCUUCACCCCCAUCGAGCACCACCUCCACCGCAGCCAGUCCGCCUCCGACGACGACACGGCCAAAUACGGCAUGUUCUCCCCCAGCCCGAGCAGCAAGACCCCGCCGGCCCCGGUCCCCUACGAGUCCUUCUUCGACCUGGCCCUGCCCCGAGCCGCCUCCCUGUUUGUGGGGAAGAAGACGGCGGAGGUGGUGGAGCGCGUGGCAGGGGAGGCUCUGGAGGACGGGGAGGAGGGGGAGGGGCUGACUUAUGCCUCGCCUCUGGAGGUGUUGGACCGACUGGUGCAGCAGGGAAGCGACACUCACGACAAAGCGCUGAAGAGAUUACCUUUGCCAAGUAAGUCAGCUGACUGGACACACUUUGGAGGAUCGGCCCCUGUGGACGAGCUGCACACUCUGCGCAGUCAGCUGCUCCUGCUCCACAACCAGCUGCUGUACGAGCGCUACAAGAGGGAGCAGCACGCCAUCCGCAACCGCCGCCUGCUCCGGAGAAUCAUCAACGCCACGGCGCUGGAGGAGCAGAACAACGCCAUGAAGGCCCAGCUGAACCUGCAGAGCGUGGACAUCUCCUCCCUGCGCGAGAGCCUCCACGUGGAGCAGCAGCGCUAUCGGCAGCUGUGGGACGACCGCGAGAAGGUGGUGACGCAGCUGCACAGUCAGAUCCGCCAGCUCCAGCAGGGACGCGACGACUACUACACCAAGAACCAGGAGCUGCAGAGUAAACUGCAGGAGUGUCAGAAGAGGAUGGACGAGCUGGAGGCGGAGCUGCAGAGAUCCAAUAACAAAGUCUGUCACACUGGGCACCUUCUCAACCAGAUGACCAUCAAGCUCAGCACCAGCGAGAGCACGCAGCAGCAGAUGAGUUUCCUGAACAAACAGCUGCUGCUCCUCGGGGAGGCGCACAAGCUCUGCAGGCAGAAGCUCCAACAUGCCGGCCACGACAACGCAAAGGAGACCCAGAUGUUGGCGGUGGCGUGUGGCAAAGAGGUGGCGGCGCUGCGGCUCAGUCUGCUGCAGCAGGGACAGAAGCUGGAGGCGGCGCAGCAGAGGGCCACCGAGCUGGAGACGCUGCUCACCAAGAAGGAGCACCUCAUCGCCGAGCAGAAGAAGUUCCUGGAGGACGUCAAAGGACAAGCAAGAGCCGAGCUGCAGGCCUCUGACAGCAGGUUCCAGGCCCAGAGGAGGAUCUCGCAGCUGCUUCAGACUGAACUCCUGCAGCUCUACAGCCGCGUGGAGAUGGACGCACCCAUCAGCACCUCCUCCAAGGCUCCAGCAGAGGGCAGCGCAGCCAAACACACUGCUGCUGGCGACAGUGUCGCGGCACCGGACUGUCACGGCGACUCUGCCGAGAUCACUCCCCAACAUCCACACCACUCUCCACGCGGCAACGGCAGCACUUUACCCCCCUCCAGCCCGCCCCCCGCCGGCCUGUCCACCUCCAUGAACGGCAGCCAGGACCCCUCCCUCCAUCACCACCACCACCACUCCUCCGCUCUGCUCCUGGACCCGGGCCCGCCCCUCACCGUCGGUUCUUACCCCAGCGCCAAAAGCUUCUUGGGCAUGAGGGCGCGCGAGCUCUUCCGCAACAAGAGCGAGAGCCAGUGCGAGGAGGAGCAGCCGCCACCGCGCCUGUCUGGCCUGGCGCACGGCUUGAAGACUGACCUGUGCGUGGAGCCCUCCCCCAGCCAGACCCCCAAAGCUAACGUCACUGUGCCCGCCAGGCCCCGAGCGGGGAGCCAGGAGAGCCCGCGGAGGAGGGCCACGCACGCCCGUCCGCGGCAACAGCAGCUAAAGAUCAUGGACUACAACGAGACAUCGCAUCAUGAGCACAGUUAA